CUGUGACACCCAUGGAGACAGUUACAAGGAACAAGAUUUGCUCUCGGAUUUGAAAAGAAAAGAGACUUUCUGUACCGAAUUAAUUUUGGUACAAAAUGCCUCCGACUCUCUUCCAGAAACUUUUCAACAAGAAAAAUGCGUUUUCGUCGCCGCCCCCGAGAUGUAACAAAGAUGACCCAGCUUUCAGCUGGCCUAUCCCCCAGCUGGAUCCCAGUCAGAUACGGCUGAUCGUGUAUCAGGACUGUGAGAGGCGUGGCAGAAAUGUCCUCUUCGACUCCAAUGCAAAAAAGAAGGGCACGGAGGAAACCCCCAUCACAAGCACCGAGGGCCAGGGGAAGAUGUUCGGGAAAUGCUGCCAGCUCCGUCCUACAGGAGGCAGCAGCAGUUCUCUGGACAGCUCCUCCUCCUGCACCUCUGAACCCAAGGAACCUAAGGAGCCGGGCAUCCGCUUCCAGGGUUCGAGGUGUUCGUCCGAUGUAGUAAUGCUGGGGGAAAUGAUGUUUGGUUCUGUGGCGAUGAGCUACAAAGGCUCCACGCUAAAAAUCCACCAGAUCAUAAAGAGAAUAGCGAUGCAUCGACUCUGCACAGUUGAUACUGCCAUGUAAAGAAUUCUUAUUCCAUUUAAUAGGCUACAGGACAGCCUAGAGUUCAUUGGACAGGACGGCAACACCCUGAGGCCCGAUCAAAACACAGCGCCCAACAGCCUGCUAGGGAACAUAGGCCACAGUCACCCCAUGGACAUGCCUGGCCGAGGGCUUCACGACGAGAGGGACAGCGGCAUCGCCAGGUCAGCUUCCCUGAGCAGCCUGUUGAUAACCCCCUUCCCAUCUCCCGGCUCCUCCCUCACCAGCAGCUGUGCGUCCAGUUACCAGCGGCGAUGGCUCCGCAGCCAAACCACCAGCUUAGAAAACGGCGUGUUCCCCCGAUGGUCAGUGGAGGAGAGCUUCAACAUGUCUGACGAUAGCGCCGGACCGAGCCUCGGCGUGGCUCGGAAGAAGAAGAUCGCCAUCGGCGUCAUCUUCAUGCUGUCCCCCAACACGGAGGAGAACAACCGCUUCCAGGAUUUCUUCUUCUCCCACUUCCCUCUCUUUGAAAGCCACAUGAACAAACUCAAGAGCGCUAUCGAACAGGCCAUGAAGUGUCGUCGGUCAGCUGAUGCCACUCAGAGAGCCCUGGCUUACAGCCGAAUGGUGGAAGGACUCAACGAGUUCAGGAUGACAAUCUGCGACCUCUACACCAUGCCGAGGGUGGCUGAGCCCGUCUGGUUGACCAUGAUGUCCGGGGCGUCGGAGAAGAACCAGCUCUGCGGUCACUUCAUGAGGGAGCUCUCGCUGCUGAUGGAGCAGGCCUCCAAGAACCAAUUCCUCCCCGCGUUAUUGACAGCCAUCCUGACCAAUCAUCUGGCCUGGGUGCCCACCGUCAUGCCCAAUGGGCAGCCUCCAAUCAAGAUCUUCCUCGAGAAACACUCCUCCAAGAGCGUCGACAUGCUGGCCAAGACGCACCCUUACAACCCGCUCUGGGCACAACUAGGCGACCUGUACGGGGCCAUAGGGUCCCCGGUGCGGCUGUCCAGGACGGUGGUGGUGGGCCGCAGACAGGAGCUGGUCCAGAGGCUCCUCUACAUCCUCACCUACUUCAUCCGCUGCUCCGAGCUGCUGGAGACGCACAUGCUGGACAGCGCCGAGGACGAGGCCAUCGUCAUCCCCGGCUCCCUCAUCACCACCUCCCUGAGGAGAGGAGAGGUGGAGGAGUCGGACUACGUGCUGGUCACCGUCCACAAACCCAGCGGGGACUACUUGUCUCACCCCACCCACAGCCGGCAGACCGAGGCAGAGGACAGCAGCUACCCUUCAGACAACAGCCUCCAGAGCAGCACUUACACAGACACAGAGGGGGAGCAGGGUGGGGGGGACACACCCAAGGAGGAGGAUGAGGAGGAGGAAGAGGAGGAGGACAGCAGUGACAGUCAAGGGUCCAGGAGCAGUGUGCUUCAGACGGGGGACAGUGCUGUUAUCAGGAUUGCAGAAUCAGCUGAUCCCGGGGGGCUGCUCAGGGAGUCCAGCAGCCCCCCGGGAGUCCCAGAGGCCCGGCUGGAGACGGUGCUGCGGGUGGGCUCGGCGUCCCCCAGGGAGGAGGUCUGUGUGCUGGACACAGAGACCAAGGGAGACCUUAGACUCAUCGUCCAGCCCACACCCACAGCCUCACUGGCAUCAUCACCAUCUCCUGUCCCUACAGAGCAGAAGACCCCCGGCUCAGAGGCUGGGACGGAUGCAGGCGUAGGGACCCAGCCCCCCAGGGUGCUGGCCUCUCUGCCGUUAGAGAUCCCUCUGGAGAAGAAGCUCCAUGAUAAAAACACGCCUGCUGCUGCAGUGCCAGUUCCAGGAAGCACCGCGUCGGGGCCCAUGUCUCUGAUCCUGACAGAAGAGGACGAGCCGGCAACAAAGGUCACCUUCCUCAUCGGAGACUCCAUGUCUCCAGAGUCGGACACAGAGAGCCGCCGGAGGAAAGUGGAAGAGGACAUGAAGAAGUACAAGAAGCACCUCAAGGACAAACCUCUCCACCAGCAGCUGAUGCUGAUGCAGCAGAAACAGCAUCAGGUGCAACAUCACAAACCCAAGAGUGGAGCGGAGUCGAAGACCAGCAGCAGCAGCCAAUCAGAGGACCAAACCAAACAGACCAAGGCAGCCCCCCCCCUGCAGCGGGUGUCCAGUAAGAUGCCCAAGUGGACCCCCAACUGUGUGGACGAUUUUGACGAGUACUUCAGUGUGGAUAACCCCGUGGAGACUAGGACUAUAGAAGAUGUGGCCAAACGACCGACGGCCAGCAGCACAGACAGUAUGCACAAAGACCUGCUGGACCCCUCGGGAGUCCCCCAACCCGGGGACAUUGGGGGCCACAGCAGUCCGGGGAUAGGUCUGUGUUUAGGUUCAGGUAGGCCGGAGGUGGGGUCCAGCAGGAAGGGAGACAUUUUGCUGAGCGUCCAGAGGAGGUGCAGGUGUGGCUCCACAGAUUCCUCCGACACAUGCUGCUGCAGCAGAAGCUGUUCUGUUGAGCAGGACAAGGGUCUUCUGCUGUCGGUCCCCUUCCCCCAGGAUGAGAGCAGCAAGGGCACAGAGGACCAAAAGAACAAGGCGAUGCCGGCCAACGACUGGGAGAUCCCCCGCAACGAGAGCUCGGACAGUGCGCUGGGGGACAGUGAGAGCGAGGACACAGAGGACUGGCAGGAGGAGAUGCUGCUGCCCCUCCCCGGGUCAAAGUUAGUGGAGAACUACUCGAAGCCAAGCAUUGCCAACUUUGGCCGCUCUCUGUUCGGAGGCUACUGCCCCACCUACGUGCCAGACUUUGUACUGCAAGGGUUGCCUAGUGACGAAAAGCUUCGGCAGUGCCUCAUGGCCGAAUUAACCCACGCUGUUCAGCAUCCAGUAUUGGACGAGCCUAUCGCGGAGGCCGUCUGCAUUAUAGCAGACACAGAGAAGUGGACGGUGCAGGUGGCUAGCAGUCAGAGGCGAGCCACAGACGUCAACAAGCUGGGGAAGGAGGUCCUGGUGUCCAACUUGGUCUCAAACUUACUGCAGUCCACCCACCAGCUCUACAAACUCAACAUCUCACCCAACUUUUGUAUCAUGCACCUUGAGGACCGCCUGCAGGAAAUCUACUUCAAGAGCAAGAUGCUUGCUGAGUAUUUGAAGGGUCAGACAAGAGUCCAUGUCAAAGAGUUGGGCAUGGUCUUAGGAAUCGAGUCCAGCGACCUCCCCCUGUUGGCCGCAGUGGCCAGCACCCACUCCCCCUAUGUGGCCCAGAUCCUCCUAUGAGGCUGUCAGACCAGGGGGGGGGGGCACUCUGGCCCCAAAUCAACCGUCCAUUCUCCACAGCUGACCCCCGUCAUGGUGUUCUCCUCUCGCUCUGCAGUGUAGAUGUUACACCACCGGGGGGAGCUAGAGUCCCUCUGUGGAGGUUUCCCAGUCCUUUGAAUGUUUCUUUUAAAUACUCUUUUUAUUUUUGGACAGAAAAACGCCAAAGACUUUAUAAAUGUUUCCAGGUGAGAAUGAAACAUUAAGGAUUUCUACGGUAUAAUAACAUUGGACUUUUUUUCCUUCUACUUUUUCUCUGUACAAUCUGUGUCAGACUACAAGAUGGAUUUUUUUAUUUGAACAUUUUAAGGUUAAUAUUAUUGAGAACUUUAUCAAUCUCAUGCAUUUAUGUUAUUUCAUUUAUCUUCAUGUUUUUGUUUACAAGCCAAAUUUCCCUUGAGAUAUCCCAGUGACACGUUUUAUUGUAAUUGAGGUUAUUUUUGGUUCGACAAACCGGUUUUGAGAUCGCUUAAAGCGGCUUUGACAUUCUUAUCAUAGGUACAGCACUACCUCAGAUCUUCACAUGGAUGACACACAUUUACAGUCACCCAAUAGAAAACCCUGAGGUAAACGUUUGAAGGUAUUUUAAUCAGAGGAAUGUCAGCGGCAUCUUCGUGCAGACCCUAUGCUGUGUUCUUCAACAAGGGGAGUUUGGUAAAUUCCUGGGGAUGAUUGUUUCACACAUAUUUUUCAGAAUGUGUUUUAAGUUCCCCGCUCUACUGUGGAUAAAAGCUCCGACACACAUCAUCUACAUGUAUUUUACAACCCAAAUGCUGAAGUAUUUUCACACUUUUAUAGCUUCGCCACCUUUCUACAAUGUUUACGGCUUCGAUGUUUGCUGCAGACAAAAAGAGGAACACGGGAGGCCUUACAAUAGAUACAAAUAUGUAUGAGUUAACACAAUAGAUACAAAUAUGUAUGAGUUAACACUAUUUUCAAACAUGUUUCUAUGACGGUUAUACUCACAGAAACACGCAGAAUAUAAAAGCUCUAGUAGCACCCUUUAAAAAUAAUGUUUCUUUAGGUUUUCCAUGACAUUGAAAAGUGAUUUUUCUGUUAUAUCUUUAAAGCCAGGGUGCGAUUUGGUGAGCGUAAAUAAGAGGUUCCUUUCAUAGUUUCAGUUUAGGUGGAUUCUCUCCUGUGCAUAGGGUGUUUUCUGCAGUGGGGGCCAAUGGUAUUUUAUUGUUAAUACUUUUUGUUGUAAGUACUUUUUAUUGUUUCAUCGGCAUUGGAAAUAAAUCUAUAUUUUGUUAUCUCUUUAAUUAACUCCAGAAAUAAAAGGAGGAGUUAAACAUUUCCCAACAUUAUUUAAUAUAGGUCAAAGCAGAGAGGAAACACAAGAGUUUUAAAUACAUAUGAAGGCAGAGGGAGGAGCUUAAUUUAGCCGAUAAGCUCAAUAAAUAUUCAAAUGAGUACUUACUGGAACAACCCUUCCACAAUGUUUAAAAAUGUGUGCUUAAAGAUUAGCGUAUACACAUUAUAUGUUGGACUGAAUGCUGAGAAUGGCUUGUAUUGUUAGAGAAAGCAGGAAUAAUGUGUUUCUUUCUGAUCCUGUAUAUGACCCAAGUCUUAAGAGAUGUGGCAUGAAUGCAUCAGAGCUCAUUUUGCUGGUAAAAUGUCUAGAGACGUGCUUGUUGCAUUGAAGAUGCUCCGCUGUAUCAGCCUACAUUUUGUACAACCCAGCCAUUAUGUUUAAAAGGUAUGAAUUUAUACCUGCUUUCACUUCUUUGUAUAUGAAUAAAUUAUUUAGUAAGUUUAGCCCAUGGUAUGUGUAACGGUUCAUGUAAACUGUACAUACUCUUGUUUAUUUCCAUGUAUUUGUACAGAAUGUCUUGAAUUGUCUCUUCAAAUUAUUUUUUCCCAAUUUUAUGGGAAUGUUGUGCAAUAAAAAUGCCGAUGUUAAGAAUUUA